ACAACAACAACAACAAUGUCAACACAUACACUCACACAAGUCAUUCCAAUGAAUGCUGAUACUUUCUAUGCCAUUACAGAGUCGACAGAGUUUGAUCAGUUCCAGAUACCUAUGAUGGGUCUAAACUCUAUUGAAUUAAAAGAGGAGAGAGAAGAUGACAACUAUAUAUCAAGAAAGGUGAUUGUUAAACCAAAGACAAGCAUUCCAUCAUUCUUGCUUAAGUUCUCCAGUGGUACAUCAGAGAUAUCAUACGUUGACACCCAGAUCAAGUCAAAGCAAAAGAGAGAGAUUAUAAUCAAGACCAUCCCACCUUUAAUGUCAGAGAAUAUUUGUAUUGAAGGAGUUAUCAAUGUAGAGCCACUGGAUGACAAUACAUGCCUUAAGGUAUUGCGUGUAACACUCAGUUUCUCUGGAUCUCUUUAUUGGAUUUCAUCCAUUAUCGAGAGUAAUAUCAUUGCUGAGCUGAAGAAGUCUUUGGAGCAGCUUCCAAACGUUGUAAAUGCCUACAAACGUCAUAUGGAGGAGAAGGGACUUCCCCUGCCAGUUUUCAAGCCAGCCGCACUCAAAUCGUCGUACAGCAGCGGCAGCAGCGAACAUAGAAUCAACCAGAGCAGUGUUCUGGGUGAUUCGGGUACGUCAACAGUGUUGACUGAGCCCAUGGCCCAGUUG